AUGAAAGAAACUAAGAAACCAGCUGCAACUGAGAAAUUCUGCUGUAUUUCCAAGCUUAAGGUAUUUCUGCUGGCAUCAUCACUUGCAUAUCUAGCUAAAACUAUGUCUGGGGCUUACAUGAAUAGCAUGCUCACACAGAUAGAGAGAAGAUUUAAUAUUCCAGCCUCUCUGGUGGGCAUUAUUAAUGGAAGCUUUGAAAUUGGAAACUUGUUGGUGAUAGCAUUUGUGAGUUACUUUGGUGCAAAACUUCAUAGACCAAGAAUAAUUGCUUUGGGGUGCACAGUUAUGUCUUUUGCCUGUCUUUUGAUAUCACUACCUCACUUUCUCAUGGAACGGUAUCAGUAUGAAACUGCCCUUUCACCAUUAGAGAAUUCUUCAUCAAGCAUGUCCAUGUGUCUCAUAAAUCAAAGCCAGUCCUCCACACAUAUGGAGAAACAACCAGCAGAGUGCGAACAAAAGUCUGGGUCCUUGAUGUGGGUGUUUGUGUUGGUAGGAAACAUAAUACGGGGCAUUGGUGAAACUCCCAUCAUGCCAUUAGUCAUUUCAUAUGUGGAGGAUUUUUCCAAAGCAGAAAAUUCACCUUUUUACAUAGGGUGCCUACAGGUAGCAACCGUGAUAGGGCCUUUUCUUGGUUUAAUGUUGGGAUCAUAUUGUGCACAGCUGUAUGUGGAUCUGGGAUUCACAGAUAUAGAAGAGGUGACUAUAACACUUACUGAUGCCCGUUGGGUUGGAGCAUGGUGGCUGGGCAUUCUGAUUUGUGGAUCAGUAAAUCUGCUCGCUGGAAUACCUUUUUGUUUUCUGCCCAAAUCCCUUCCAAAGGAGGGACAAGCAAACGAGACUGAGUUAUUAAGUAUGAGAAAUGCAUCACUGCUACAAGAGAGAGGUGCCGGACGGAAAAUGCGUGAAAUCACUAAAGAUUUCAUCCCAUUCCUCAGGAGUCUGUUUCACAACCCAGUUUAUAUGUUGUUUAUAUGCAUAACUGUGAUGCAGUUCAGUGCUUUCAUUGGUAUGAUAACCUUCAUGCCAAAAUAUUUGGAACAACAGUAUGGGAAAUCUGCAUCACAGGCCAUCUUUUUAAUAGCUGUUUACAACUUACCAGUUAUAUGCAUUGGAUAUUUUCUUGGAGGCUUUCUAAUGAAGAAAUUCAAGAUAAGUACCAUUCAAGCUGCCAACAUAGCCUUUUGGAUCUCUUUAACUGAAUACCUAAUCUACUUUGCUGCUUAUUUCACGGUCUGUGACAAUUCUCCAGUUGCCGGUCUAACAGUCUCCUAUGAAGGAAUAGAACAGGUCUCACACAUGGAAAUAACCCUACUUGCUGACUGCAACAGGGAUUGUGAUUGCUCAAUUAAAGUGUGGGACCCUGUUUGUGGGGAGAAUGGAAUAACGUAUGUUUCACCUUGUCUUGCUGGUUGUAGAGCUUCAGAUGGAACAAGAAAAUAUACAGUAUUUGAAAAUUGCACCUGUGUUGCAGCUUCUGGAUUUUCAUCUGGAAAUGUCUCUGCGGUUCUGGGCCAGUGUGACAAAGAAGCAAACUGUGACAUGAUGCUUCAGUACUUUUUAAUAUUAUCCAUAGUCUGCAGCUUCAUUUAUUCCUUAGGAGCCAUGCCUGGCUAUAUGGUUUUAAUAAGGUCUCUAAAGCCUGAAGAAAAGUCAUUUGGUGUGGGUAUCCAUACACUUGCUUCAAGAGUAUUUGCUGGAAUUCCAUCUCCCAUUUAUUUUGGAGCUUUGAUAGACUCAACAUGUUUGAAAUGGGGAACUCUGAGUUGUGGUGGUGAAGGAGCAUGUAGGAUGUAUGAUACUGUCACAUACAGAUGGUAUUACCUGGGACUGCCAGCGAUAUUACGUGGAGUGUCCUACAUCCCAUGUGUGUUAAUUCUCCUCAUUUUAAAGAAACAACUUAAAUCUUCUGACGAGAAGACCUUAAAGAGAUCCCCAAUGGCAAUGGAGAACAUAGAAGAGCAAAAUGGCUGA